UUGACGUUUAAAAAAAAAAAAAGAACAAACCCAAUCCUGAAAAUUUUAAGAAUCAAAUUUCAUAAAAUCCUUAACCCUAACUUGAAUGUUUAAGUCUCCUUCUCACAAGGUCACAGCUUCAGUGUUUUGUGGUUGCAACUGGGAUUGGUGACUGCGUUUUCACUCGGCUAACGACUGCGUAUUGACACCACGGAUUGGGUUCUGCGUUUUGCUUCUCCUAUCUAUCUUUUCACUGCGUUUUGAACUGCCUAAGGUCCUUUUUUAUCAUGAUUGGCUUUUGAUUUUAGAUGCUUAUCGUUGAAAUAUAUAAUGGAUUUCUUUUAUUUUUUAUUUUUUGGCUUUAUAUACGUUUUAUGGUUAUCGUGAGUUAGAGUAAUUCAGAAAAUCAUGAUAAAUGACUCCUGUGAUUAGUGGAGUGGUUUGUGUUUCAUUUAAUGUUUUUGGAUUUUGUAAACUACUCUACUUGUAGUUGGACUGCAAAAUACAAUAAUUUUAUACAGGAGAACAAACCACAAAAGUUAAAGUUUUUGAGCCAACCCGCGAGACAACCAGCGAGCCAAUAUUUUGAGCUAACCAACCCGCGAGCCAACCCACUAGCAUCAUUUCGAGCUAACUCGCGAGCUUUUUUUGAGCCAACCCGUGAGCUUUUUUACGAGCCAACCCGCGAGCUAAUUAUCGAGCCAACCCGCGAGCCAACCCUAACCCGGCUCGGGUCGAGCCGGGUUGGGUUUUCUGGCUCAUUUUUUUUUUCGAGCCAACCCGACCCGACUCAUUUUUUCGGGCUGAAUGCGGGUUGGGCCGGGUCGAGCCGAGUUGGCCCGUUUUGCCAACCCUACUUAAAAUCUCAUUAUUUUCCGUACUUGGAAUGGAACUCUCUCACAUGAUUGUUUUAAUGCUGCAUACAUUUACUUUUCCCAUGCUCUGCGAUUUAAAAUGUUAAUUUCAAGAUACGAAAAGCUCACAGAACUUACCUUUUGUGUGAAGUUUUCUGUUUAUUCCCAUUUCCUUGAACUCAUGCUCUGAAAUUAUUAUUGUUUUAUGAGACCAUGGAAUUUAUAAAAGCACAGCCCUUAAAUGUGUUGCAAGAAAGUUAAAUGCCCUGAAUUUUAGCUCUGUGUGUUCUUUGACUACAAGAAGUAUGAAACUUUGACUAAUGAGUUAGGUAUUGAUAGUCUGAGAACAUAGUAAGCAUUUUAUCAAAUGAAAGGAUGAUUCCACAAGGACUUUGGUAUGUAAAUCUAUAAAUCAAAGUAAUGUGUUGUGUGAACAUUUUAAUUAAGCCGCACAAAUUUCCCUACGUUUUUAUGAAAAAUUUUACUCUCAUCUUAAUAAUAUAUGUAAUGGUUUAGGGACGUUUCAGAGGUGUUUAGCCAUCCACACAAGACUUUAAUGUUAAUCAAGUAAAAUUCUGUCCUUGAUGUUAUGCAACUGAAAGAUAACCCACGCUUUUUUGUUUUGUGAUUUGUUGAGUAAAUUUCAAAAUAGAGUGUGAUAGUAAAGAAUAAUGAAUACAAGUAGAAAUGAUUGUUAAUAAUAGAGAGACAAUAAUUUCUUCAAUUGAGAUUGUUCUGCUUCGAUGAUUUUCAAACAGGCAGCUAGAUUGAAGCUAGAGGAAUGAAUAAUAUAGAGAGAAAGAACCAGCUUGGUAUGGAGUGAUGAGAGAGAAAGUGCGCUAGGGUUUCUAUAAGUUUGAACUAGAAUAAAAAAAUUUAUUUUGAAAUUUUUAUUAGCUUAAUUUUUUUAUAAAAUCCCUUAUUUAAAAAAAAAUACAUAUAAGAAGAAAAAUAUAUCUAAUUUAGUUUCAGCAAUGCAAAGAAGAUAGAAUCACAGAAAAGCAGAACAGAGCCCUCAGCUGAACAAACAGGAGCAAACAGCUGAACAAAGAGGAACGAACACGAUCAGAUAGUAGAGAAUCUCAACCCUAAAAAAAGAAGAGUUGGAAAAUGGAGGCGUUAGUGGAGAAUGGGGAGAUAAUCAACGUGAUGUGCCUUCUGACGGACCCAGAUGGAACUCCAUUGGGUGCUCCUAUGUACCUACCUCAAAACGCUGGUCCACAACAGCUCCAACUUAUUGUCAAUUCGCUUCUAAACAACGAGGAGAAAUUACCAUAUGCUUUCUUCAUAUCAGAUGAGGAACUCCUUGUGCCACUUGAAACUUACUUGCAGAAAAAAAAAGUCUCGGUGGAGAAGGCAUUACCUAUAGUUUGUCAGCCUCAAGCUAUUUUCCGGAUUCGUCCUGUGAAUCGCUGUUCGGCGACUAUUUCUGGUCAUGGGGAAGCUGUGCUGACUGUUGCCUUCAGUCCUGAUGGGCGACAGCUGGCAAGUGGUUCUGGUGAUACCACUGUUCGAUUUUGGGACCUGAACACUCAGACUCCAUUGUACACAUGCACAGGACACAAGAACUGGGUCCUUUGUAUUGCAUGGUCACCCGAUGGCAAGCAUCUUGUAAGUGGGAGCAAGGCUGGGGAACUUCAGUGUUGGGACCCACAAACUGGAAAGUCAUUAAGCAAUCCACUGAUUGGCCACAAGAAAUGGAUUACUGGUAUCUCUUGGGAACCUGUCCACCUGAAUGCUCCUUGCCGUCGCUUUGUAAGUGCCAGCAAAGAUGGGGAUGCUCGUAUAUGGGAUGUCUCUUUAAAGAAAUGCAUAAUUGUUCUCAGCGGCCACACACUUGCAAUAACAUGCGUAAAAUGGGGUGGAGAUGGUGUGAUUUAUACAGGCUCCCAGGAUUGUACAAUCAAAGUUUGGGAAACCACACAAGGGAAACUAAUUCGUGAACUGAAGGGACACGGGCACUGGGUUAAUUCUUUAGCAUUGAGCACGGAAUAUGUUCUUCGCACUGGAGCUUUUGAUCAUACUGGAAAACAAUAUUCAUCCCCGGAGGAAAUGAAGAAGGUUGCUCUUGAAAGGUACAAAACAAUGAGAGGCAAUGCCCCUGAAAGAUUGGUAUCUGGAUCUGAUGAUUUCACCAUGUUUCUUUGGGAACCCUUCAUCAGCAAGCAUCCCAAAACUCGCAUGACAGGUCAUCAGCAGCUUGUGAACCAUGUCUAUUUUUCACCUGAUGGGCAAUGGGUGGCAAGUGCAUCUUUUGAUAAAUCUGUCAAGUUAUGGAAUGGCACUACAGGGAAAUUUGUUGCUGCCUUUCGUGGCCAUGUUGGGCCUGUCUACCAGAUCAGCUGGUCUGCAGACAGUAGACUUCUUUUAAGUGGCAGCAAAGAUUCUACACUUAAGGUUUGGGAUAUUCGGACCCGUAAGUUGAAGCAAGAUCUUCCAGGCCAUGCUGAUGAAGUUUUUUCGGUUGAUUGGAGUCCAGAUGGAGAGAAGGUAGCCUCUGGUGGUAAGGAUAAAAUGUUGAAGUUGUGGAUGGGCUAGGCUAAUUUUUGGAUGAAUAUUGGGAAUCUACAGUUGGUGCAUCUCAGUGGUGUUUGUCUUUGCGUGGAUUUUAACGGAAAUCAAUGCCUGGGUAUUACGCGGAUGCAAGAUCAUCUUUAAAUUAUAUGGAUAACCUAAGAUAUGAAUGUUUAUCUGAAAUGGUGUACAUAGCCAUUGAGAAUAGGCACUGGAAGAAGUAGCUGUGCUGUUCUGUGUUAUGUUUUAUGCUUUGAGUCUUCUUUGGGUUCAUUUGUAUGAACUCAAAUUUUUGGGCAGUUUGUGGCAAAUGCUGAAGUCCAAGAACAGGUAACUGGAUGAGCAUGGGCUACCCUGAGGAUGGAUUUUUGUGGACCAUGACACUUAGUGUUUAGGAGUUAUUUCACAAUUUAAAAUUUGAAAUGUAGGGAGAUUACA